ACCCAGAACAGACAGAACGGGUAGCAAAUCGAGCGAAGAGACAAUCAAGACGACAAAGUUCCCAGAAAAAGAGCAAAACACCACCAUGACUUCCGUAGCCAACACAUCAGGAAGCGUAGACAUCGAUCGAUAUGUCAAAGAUGUAAACAACCAGCUUCCUCCUCUACCCUCGCCACUGCCUACACGACACAGGGACUUUGUACACUGCAUGCCGCCUAAUGCGCCCAUAUACCGCAAGUUCAGUGUCUUCACCGCCAGCAGCAUAGAAAUGGGCAACGCCGUUCAAUGGCAAAAGCAUAUGACCAAUUUACUCUCCCACCUCCCCAUUACCGUCUGCAAUCCGCGUCGAGGCCAUUGGAACACCAAAAUCACGCCGCUCGCGCGCGACAAGGAUUUCAAGACGCAGGUGGAGUGGGAGCUGACUGCGCUCGAGCAGGUCGACGUCAUCUGCUUCUACUUCGAUGUCAGUACCAAGAGCCCUGUCUCACUACUCGAGCUGGGUCUCUGGGCGGGCUCGGACAAGAUCGUCGUGUGCUGCGGCGAAGAGUACUGGAAAUGCGGUAAUGUGGAGCUGACCUGUCGCCGCUAUGAUAUCCCCUUUGUUAAGUCGUUUGCUGAGCUCGUCCCUGCGGUCGAGAAGAUGCUAGUGGAAAAGGGGAUGGUACUCGAUGAUAAAGGUGACCUACAGGGAGAAAACGUGCACGUCAAGAAGGAGAAGCCUAAGAAGAAGGCGCAGCUGGAAGUAGAGAUUGCAGAUUUGCAGAAACAAAUCGAAGAGCUCCAAGCUCGAUUUACGAAGUCGAGGGUUUAAUCUAGUGUUCUCCUCUCUUCGUCUGCUUUCUAGCAUAUCCUAAUAAAUCCAUAGGUAGCCUUCCAAUCAA